AUUCGUGCAUUUUUCAUAUUUUCAUGGGGUUAUUUAUGUGUUAUUCCAGACUAGUUAUUCAAGAACCAAGACAUAUUUAGAAGUUGAUUUCAUGACUUGACAGCACUGUCGGUUUUCGCAUGGCGUAUUGAAUGAUUAUUGUUUGUCGGCUGUAUCACCUGUAUUGUAAAAGCUUUUUGGACUUUCUUAGAGUUUGUAGCUGUGAUACCUUUCUUUCUAGCAUUUCAUUUAUUGAAAGUUAAUUUGCGUGUUUAUGUCAGUAUUGCUAGUCGUAGUACGAUAAAGUUGAUACUGAAAAAAAGGAGAAGAAAUGGCCGAUGUUUUGGAUAUUCUGGAGUUGGGGAGACCGGGAACACCAGAGGUGACGAAAGAAAGUAUUAUGGGAACUCAAAAGCCGAAACCGAAAUACAAACCCAAAAAUGAAGUUUUACGCAAACCGGAGGGAAUGGCACGAGAGCUUUUCAAUCUCUUAGUCAAUGACAGUAAAGAUUCUGCACCGCUAUUCCCCACUGAUACAGGUAAAGGUUACAAGCAAACAAAGGCUCAAUUAGGAGUUCGUAAAGUGAGACCAUGGAAAUGGAUGCCAUUUACCAAUCCAGCCAGGAAGGAUGGAGCAAUUUUUCAUCAUUGGCGUAGAGCAGCAGAUGAAGGAAAAGAAUAUCCUUUUGCCAAAUUUAAUAAGCAAGUUCAUGUCUGUUCUUACACGGAUCAAGAGUAUCAUUUACUCCAGCUAGAUAAUUGGACAAGGCAAGAAACAGAUCAUUUGUUCGAUCUCUGUCGGCAAUUCGAUUUACGUUUCACGGUUAUCCAAGACCGCUGGGACAGUGUUCGUUAUUCAAAAAGAUCAAUUGAAGAAUUGAAAGAAAGAUAUUAUGAUAUCUGCAAUAUAUUAAACAAAGCUCGGCAUACUACAGGUCCCGAACCUAAGAAUAUUGCUUAUGAUGCCGAUAAUGAAAAGCGUCGGAAGGAACAAUUGAAAAGACUAUUUGAACGGACAUCGGAGCAAGUCGAAGAGGAAGCUAACUUACUUCAAGAGCUAAGAAAGAUUGAAGCCCGAAAAAAGGAUCGAGAAAGAAAAACACAGGAUCUUCAAAAACUUAUCACUGCUGCAGACAGUGGAGGCUCUGUCACGGGUGCUGCGACAGAUCAUUCCCCUUCAACACAUCGAGGAACCCCUCCUGACAAAAAACAACAGAUCAGAAAGAAAAAUACCCCUUUUGUUACGCCAAAAGCCAAACUUGAGCUUCUGCCUUCUGUGGAGACUCCUAAUACUGGAAUUAAAUUCCCGGAGUUUAAAGCCAGUGGUGUGUUUCUGCGCUCACAACGGAUGAAAUUACCUCCUAGUGUUGGCCAGAAAAAAUCAAAAGCGAUCGAACAAAUGUUGACAGAACUUGGAUUGGAAUUGAACCCAAUGCCUACCGAGGAUAUAUGCCAAAACUUCAACGAACUUCGUAGUGACUUGGUCCUUCUAUACGAAUUGAAACUGGGUCUCUCGACAUGUGAAUACGAAUUGCAAGCUCUAAGACAUCAGUAUGAGGCUUUAGCACCUGGAAAAACCUUGGAGAUUCCACCCUCCUUGCUUUCUAAUAAUGACCCAACGAUUCAGCCUGAAGAGAUUCCGACCCGACCGAAAACUUUGUCUGAAGUCAUCGACAUUGUUGGCUCCGCUGCCACACCUAUGCGCAAAAGAAAAGCAGCCCUAGAACAGAACAACAUGCUAAAGAAGAUAAAAAAUCGAAUGUUUAUCGUUGUAAGUGAAACUUGUUCAAAAAUGAGUGAAAAUAAUGGGCACGAAAUGGCAAAAUCUCCUUUAAAGGAAACUAUGACUUCAUUAAGUAGAACACCUAAGGGCCAAAUAGUAUAUGACCGUGAUCCUUUGGAACCCAUCAAACAAUCAACAUCAAAUAGUAAAUCCGGUGUCCUUUUGUCAGAGAACAUAUUUGACCAAAACCCUGCUCCAUCACCAGAAAAGUCUAUUAAUAGUCAAUACUUUCAGCAUCAGUAUUCUGUGCACCAUCCAAAUCCUGGUUUGAAUAACAGACCUAGCUUGUUAAUGGAUACUCCGGUACAGCAUACUGAAAAAAGCAUCAACCAGUUUAAAUGGCAACAAGAACUCUUAAUGAUGCGCAAUACUAAUCAGCUAGAGGAAACAACACCAGUCUAUAACUUGAGCAAUCAUAUGAUUAUGCGGUUGUUUGAGCUAAGAGAACAACAGCGUUUGUCAACAGCAACCAGCUUCAUGAAAAAAAUAGAAGAUUUCAAAGAAGUUUCUAGGAAAAGUGAUGAAGAGGAAUGUCUUAGGAAGAAGCAAGAACUUGAAGAAAGACUCGUGCCAAAAAGAGAGUCUCAGGUAGAUGUUGAAAGGACCAUCCAGCGCCUUCAAGAUGAAGCAAAACAGCGAUUUCGACAGAAAGAAGAUCAACUUGAUCAAAAACUAAAAGAAAUAAAGUCGAUUCAGGAAAAAGAGUUGCAGGAAGGUUUGAAGAAGAAGACGUUAGAGUUGCAUAGAGCGGAAGCAAAACGACGGAAAGAAAUAAGCUCUAGUAAAUUGGAAUCGCUUCUGAAAUUUCUUAGCGAGUCCAUAACCUCAUGCCAGGAAAGGGAUUCUUUUCUUCCGACUGUUCAAAUGAAAGUCGACCGCGUAGCUGCUUUAAAAGCUCAGUUUCAGGUUGUUGUAAACAAUGUAAACGAUGAAGAUCCCCUCAACAGCGCGAUACGCAGUGAAGACAUCCUUAAGCAGGUCGAAGAUCUUGUUGAAGUCAUCAGAGACGAUAUUGCGAGAAAUAAUGCCAUUGUUCAAGAGAAAAAUGCUUCGUCUAAGCGUCAACAGCCAGAGCCCGCCUUACCUUCGUCAGCAGUAAUGCCAGUUACCUCUUCUGCGGUAAAGCAAGAACAGCGAAAUGAUCAACUUGGUCGCCUUGAGAAGAAGACCUGUGACUCGAACGGAGGACAUCAGGACCUUGAUUUCGUUAGAAGGGAAGAUUUGUUAGUGUAUUCACAACUGCAAGCGGAACUUCGUCAGUAUGAAGCCAACACUGCUGCCUUUUCCAGUGAUUCAUCACUGAAGACAUUGAGAUUCGAAUUACAGAAAGCCGUCCUUCAUCCUGUCAACGAAAUAUCAGACCAGUCUGGGCAGCACCUUCAGGAUAAGCUCGACAGACUCAGAAGCCUCUUGCAAGGUAACGCUGUGCAUGUCGGGUCAAGAAUGGUAAGGGCUACCGAGCAUCCUGGAGGAUUAGAAUAUUGCACUAACUUGCUGGCGAGAAGAAUGGUAGCUCAAGGAGAGGAUCAAGUGAACGUUAAUCCAAAGGCAGCUUUUCCAAUUGCUGCCAUAAUUACCGAACUUUGGUUAGAAUUUCCUGUUUUUGGUCGCUUGGUACUUGCCCAUUUUUAUCGCCAAUGUCCAUAUCUUGUCCCAUAUUAUUUACCCCAGCAAGAGGGCCAAAGCAAUGAAGACUACUAUAAGUCUUUAGGAUACAGGUACAGUGGUGGAAAAGUGGAGCAACAACCGACGUAUCUGAAAAGAAUGUCGGGGGUUGUACGUCUGUAUGCGGCCGUUCUAAUUAGUUUACCAAGACGCAAUCAACCUCAUCCUCAUGGGUUAGAACAUGCCUGGAGAUACCUAGCCGCUCUCCUCAAUUUAUCACCGCGCAACGAUAUUACAUCCGCUAUUUUGGUCGAAUUCUUAACUGUAGCUGGUUCUGCAAUGUCAAAAGAAUACGGAAAACAGUUCCAGAAAAUGCUUCACCUGAUCUGUACCGAAUAUUUUACCAUGAUCCGAAACGUUACCCCCAAAGGUUCAGGAGGAGGUCCAGUUACUCGACUUGAAGAAUUUCUACAUGAAUCUAUCACAAAAGGAGGCAUUGCACCGCCUGCCGGGCAACUUUCUCCCCGAUUUUGGUAGAAUAAAUUAACUUGUAUUGUUGUAUGUAAAGUUUGUCAGAAUGCUUCAGUGUUUCUGUGUAAUUCCAUUAUUGUGCUGUUUACACAUAUCAGAAAAGGAAAAA